AUGUGCAAGGACUCACCAUUGCAGAAUGUAGCUGUCACUCACAAACUAUCAAAAGAAGAGAAGAGACAGUUUGCUGGGAAACGGCAGAAGCUUGAAGAACAGUACCAGCCAGAAUUCAUCUUGACAUUCGUCUUGAUGAGUGAAGAAUUUGAACACCAGAAGAUUGUUGAGUAUGUUGCGCAAUUUGUGAAACAUCUGCUCCAAGACAUUGAUCAUGAAGCGGUUGUCACUCRGCUCAUUCGGUAUGUGGCAUUGCUCAACACUUAUGUUCAGAACUCAUUCAUUUCCCAGUCCCAUUGCGAAGCUCUGCUAGUAUUUACCAUUCAUAUGGAUCGAUUCCGCCAGCAUGCUUUUGAGAGAUCACUGAGUGAGCAGGCCAAACUUGUCUUUAUACAUCUGAGAGAUGACAAGACGCACAUUGAAUCAGUUCGAAUCAUUCAUCCACUUGUUGCAAAGGAAAUCCUUCAGCAGCUCCUUGGUGACCAAAAGCAGCAAAGUGGGUUGGCCAUGGAUCUUCUCCACGAGGAUGUGCUUUUUGAGCACAGAUUUGGAAAAGAAGAUUAUGGUAAGUUUUUGCGAGCCCUGUUCAUGAGACGUUGCAGAGUAAGUAAAGGUGAUGAAUCAAACAGCUUUUUCUCUCCUCUCAUUGAACAUGUGAGUGAAAAGGAAACCCCUGACAAGGCAAUCGAGCUCCUCAAGGAGGCAUACAAACGCUUCAACAAAGAUGCAUUCUUUGCUCAGCAACUUGCUCGCCUGAAUUACUCCCAUGAGAAGUUUGAAGAGGCAAAGGAUUGGGCRGAGAUAGCAGCAAAACAAAUGCCUAACAACUCUUACAUUCUUGACACGAAAGGCCAGGUAUACAGAAGAUGGUUCAACGCCAAGUGUAAAGCAAUUGAGAAAGUACCAAAAACGGCAGAAAAUACAGCAGACGCUGUUGAAACUGCGCUGAAAGCAAUGGAGUGUUUCAGAGAAUGUGAGAAAUCUGCUCUCUCGGACCUUGAAAACAUGAACAACAGUGGCUUUUUUGCUGCAGUUGAAGUUGGCUGCAGUCUGYUGAAGCUCGUAUUCUCAUUGCGURUUUUCUCAAGCAAAACGAAUGGCCAUUCAGAAUGUAUGAAGUACCUUCUCACUGAUUACAUUCCUGAGGAASUGAAGRAGCCCUGGGAGAAUUUUCACAUCAAUUUGAAAGGCCUUCAAAUGACACUGCAUGAUGCCCUGGAGUGGAUCUCGGAGGACCUGAGUUACUUCCAGACAGACAUCAGUGCAGAUGAGGAGGAGACAAAUUGCAAAGCCUAUAGAUGA